UUUCUAUAAAUAACGAGGGAAGUGGAGUCCUCCCAGCGAGCUCUUGGCCUAACGCUUCUUCUUUCUGUCUUCACUCUCCUUUACUACUACAUCUCUCACGGGCUUCACCUUCUCUUUUUUCCCAUCCAAAAUACCAAAGGAGGAGAAAUCUAGGGUUCCAGAGCCAUCGCGUGGAUUCCUGGCCCUUUCCUGUCUCCAUCGAAAGGCGAGAGCUUUCGUUUGCUUCUCGUGCCCUCCAUCGGAUUCUGAAAGGGAUAUCCUUUUUGGUUUGUGACUUCUAAUUUUUAGUCGUGCGUUUGGAUAUAUAUUGGAAUAUUAGUUAGUGAGAGAGAGAUUUGGAGUGAUAGUGAGACUGAAGGAGUGGGGAGGGUAAGGGAGAGAUGUCUCGGAACGCGGUGGAGAAGCUGGCCUCGAUUGAUGCGCAGCUGAGGCUUCUGGCGCCGCGGAAGGUGUCGGAAGAUGAUAAGCUGGUCGAAUAUGAUGCGCUCCUCUUGGAUCGGUUUCUUGAUAUUCUCCAGGAUUUGCAUGGCGAGGAUAUCAGGGAAACGGUAGUGGAUUUCUGCCCCUUUUUUUUUCUUCCUGGUGAUUUCUGUUUGUUUUCUUGAUAUCUGUGGACUGGAAAUUUGGUAAAAA